AUGACAGCAGUGGGCGAUAAAUUAAUGAAACGAUUGAUCCAGCUGGGCGCCACUAUGGCUAUUGGCGCUGGUGUUGCAUCGAAGGCCCUCUACAACGUGGAUGGUGGACAAAGAGCAGUGAUUUUCGAUCGAUUCACUGGCGUAAAGCCAAAUGUAAUUGGUGAGGGCACGCAUGUGCUGAUUCCGGGAAUCCAGAAACCAAUCAUCUUCGACAUUCGCUCAACCCCACGAGUCGUUUCAACAAUCACAGGAAGCAAG